CAGUUCGCGACGACACACGCAAACGCACGCGGCGGCUCUCUCGAGAGGGGCGCGCACACCACUGUGCACCGUCGACGUUUUCGCCGCACGCGUUUUCCGCCGCCGCUUAAGUCGCACAUUACAUUUUGUUGUAACUCCUCCUGUGGUGCGUGAGCGUUUCCGUUUUUGAGCUUCCACCGCAAGCGCGCGAAGACCUCGUCUGUCCGUCCGUCGGUUCGAAAGUGGACGCGAGAUUUUUAUGUGAUCUUUUGGCGACGAGAUCCGUCCGACCGGAAGUAUAGUCGCCUUCGACACUAUGCGGCCGGCCGCGGCGUUUGGCAAACCGUUCACUUAUCUGGCGGCCUCGCCCGCCGCCGCCGACCACCGUCCGCCGCAGCAACAACUUCAAACGCCUGUGCCGGCGUCCGUUUUGCACACGUUUGCCGGCACUGGAGGCGGCCACAGUGGCGCCCCGACGCCACCGGUCAGGACGUCCACGGCUACAAUGCAGGGGACGACAGCGACAGCGACCGCCAAACAGAAACCACCUCCGGUGCCGCCCAGGGGUGAACAGACCAGACUGACCACGGUGCCGGCUAAGAGAUCUGCAGCAGCUGAACCGGUGUGCAAGAAACCGGAACCGGCGCCGGUGACCGCUCCAUCGCCGCCUCCUCCGCCGCCACCGCCGUCUCCACCACGUGCUGCUGUACCGGACGUAGACACUGAUCUCCUGCCGCCACCCCCACCACUCAUACUACCACCGGUGACCGCGGAACCGGACGAAGACUUGUCCGCUUCUGCGUUGAUCAGCAAGUUCGAAAGCGGAUGCGCAGUCAAACCGUCAGCGGUCAUCACCGGCACGACCGUUGACCAGAGGCUUCCCGUGGAAGUGGACUCGGGCACUUCCACGUUGGCCGAGAGCACGGACGACGAUGAUAACGACGACGACGAUGACGACGACGACGACGGCGAGGAUGAUGGUGCGGCGGACAUAUGGGUACGGACCAUCGAGUCACCGGUCAAGAACGUACACCCACAAAAGGUCCGACACCAUUCAGACAGCGCGAUAAAGGCGGUUUCGGUCACGUCCUCACCACCAGCCGAGAAACGUGGUAGCCUCCCGGCAGAUGUCGCCGUGCAAGACAAAAAGAGUUCACCGCCGCCGGCCAAAGACUCGGCCAGGUCUUCGUUCCGGUCAUCGGCCGGCAGCCGGUGCUCGUCGCCCGCACUGUUGGCCGUCAACAGUCAGCAGAACAAGCAGUCUUCGUCGGAUGGCAGGAAGAUCAGCGCGGCCGAGGCGCUUGGCGUAGUGGCCAAACCUUGUCCACGUAUACUGCCAUCGGCGGCGGCCACGCUUGAUGCGGCGUGCCGGCGCCAAUCGCUUGGUAACCUCACCGAGUCACGGUUCGGGACUCUGCUCUCCUCGUCCGUGCGGUCCUCGUGGGCCCCACCGUCGGGUGUUCAGACGGACGUCGAGUCGACACAGAGUGAACCGUCGUUCGACUACAGGCGCAAAAAGUUCACCAAACGGUGUUCGAGUGCGGAUGGCCGGAACCCAGUGCACCACCAUCAUCACCACCAUCACUAUCACACCAUGCAGUCAGGCGGUCGGGCCGCGGCCGCUCGGGAUCCGGACUUUGGUGCCAAGCGAGCGUUCAUCCAGGAGAAGCUACAGGCGGCCGGCACCAAGCAGCUGCAGAACGCCGGCAUCGUGCCAUCCGGGCUUCCGCCCACUCCGCCGCCGCCAUCAGCUUACCACAUGCAACUGCACAACGGCGGUUUGGGAGGCGUCGACUGCGGCAGACCACCCAGGUCAUCGUCGUGCAACUGUGGCCAGCACCAAGCCACGUCCAGGCCAAUGUUCAUCAACAAGCGGACCGCGUCUGCCGAGGAGCUGCUACCGCCGCCGGCCUCAGUCACCGUGGCCGAAGCGGACCAAUUCACGGCCGCGGGCCGCCCGGUUUCUGCGUCAUCGUCGUCGUCGUCCGGCGGCCGUGGUUCGUUCGGCCGGCCGCAGCGCGUUACGUUUGCUCUCGACCAGCACCAGCACCAGAUGUUUGCGGCGAGUCGGACAGCGGGCGGCACAGAGCUGACGUCGUCGUCGUCUUCGUCCUCGUCGUCAGCCGUCAAAAAACCAUUCAAGAGCAAUUUAAAAGUCAAAGACUCGGCCGCCGCGCCUGAACUGAAUAUGCUCGGCACCGGCGCCAUCAACACCAGACUGCCGCCUCAACACCCACACCCAUACGGACUGCCGUACAAGUUGCCGGCCGUCACCGCCGACGUUUUGCAGGGCAAAGGAAAUUCGGCUAUAAUGAAAUCCUUGCACAAGCCAAAGCAAUCGUCGUAUGGAGGUUCCCCGUCACCAGAUCUAAUGUUAAAAGAAGGAAAUCUCAGACGGAGUCGACCUCAGACAAGCGUGCACGACGGUUGUGCCACUCUCAACGGCGGGCUGGGACGGCACUCGUCUUCCGCAUCGUCGUCCGGCGUACACUCUGACGCGGCUGCCGAGACGGACAACACUCUCGUCUACAGAGAUGGCAUUCUGUUGUCCGGCCCGUUGUCCAGUCUGGUCCAGCACUUGGUACCCACCACUGAUUAUUACCCGGACCAAGCGUACCUGUUUGCGUUCAUUCUCAGCUCUCGGCUGUUCGUGAAGCCACACGAGCUGCUCGCCAAAGUCGUCGCCGUGUGUCAUGCCCAGCAAAGGCUCGGAGAUCCAGUGUCUGUCGCCCUAAACCCUCACCACAAGGAUCAGCUGUCACGGUUCGUGCCACGGUUGGUGCAACUGUUGGCCGAGUGGACGGACAAGUUUCCGUACGACUUCCGUGACGAACGGGUCAUGGCACACGUCAGGGAGAUCACGCAUCAGUGCGUGUCCGUCGAACCGGCCGUCCGGCACCAGGUCUCCGCGAUGCUUCAGACGCUGUUGCACCGGCUCACGGCCCUCGACAAGUACGAGACUUUCCUGCAGCAGACCGGCACCGAUGCCACAGUCGGAUCCGCUGAUGCUCUGUCACCGACGGACACGAUGGAAGUGUGUUCCAGUGCGUCUUUGCUGGGCCAACAACUCACUCUCGUCGAGCUCGAGAGGCUCUCUUUCAUCGGCCCCGAAGAGUUCGUUCAGGCGUUCGCGAAGGACAGUCCGCACAUCGAUUCUUCGUUCAAAGACAUGAAGAAAACCAAAAAUCUUGAGUCUUACGUUCACUGGUUCAACCGACUCAGCUACCUGGUGGCCUCCGAAAUAUGCAAACAUUCGAAAAAAAAGCAGCGAGUCAAGACCAUAGAGUUCUGGAUCGAAACAGCCCGGGAGUGUUUCAACGUGGGAAACUUCAAUUCACUUAUGGCCAUCAUCGCAGGUCUAAACAUGUCGCCGAUAAGCAGGCUCAAAAAGACGUGGCACAAGGUACAACAGUCUGCCAAAUUUACCAUACUAGAACAGUACAUGGACCCGUCGUCAAAUUUCAGCAGCUACCGGUCGACACUUAAGGCGGCUCUGUGGAGAAGCGCCGGCGCCACCGAUCAGCGACAGAGGGUUGUCAUACCGUUCUUCUCGUUGCUGGUCAAAGACAUUUACUUCCUCAACGAAGGAUGCCGAAACAGGCUCGACAAUGGCCACAUAAAUUUUGAAAAGUUUUGGCAACUGGCCAAGCAGGUGACGGAGUUCAUUACUUGGAAACAGGCGGCUUGCCCGUACGAGAAGAACGCCAAUCUGGUGUUGUUCCUCCUCACCACGCCAGUGCUCAACGAGAAAGCGCUCACAUUAUUGUCAUUCGAACGUGAACCGCCAGACAACAGCGUGGAAAAAGAACACUACAAAACCCUCAAGACUGCAUCGUAAUGUGCUGUAUUCUCAAUUUUUGGAUACACUUUUGGACUUUUAUUUUCCACUUCUUCUAAAGUCUGUUUUAAUUUAUUUUUAUUUUUUUUCAAAGCACAAAAAGGUGUAAAUGUUUUUAUUUUUAAGUUCUAUCUUAGCAUUGACGUUUAUUAUUAUUAUUAUCGCACUAAAGGCUUCCAUAUUAGUGUUGCAUUUUGAGACAAUGUAUAUUGUGUAUUUUUACGAAAAGUAAAAUGUUAAGGAAAAAUAAUUAUUGUGUAAAAUU